AAAAUAAUUCUAAUGCCCCUUUCCGGGUAACCUGCCCCCUUUUUUCUGAAGCUGUAAAUGGCCAUUAGGCCCUUCCAAUUCAUAACAACCUCUGUUCUUCAUCACCGCCACCGCCAUCCUCUCUCCCUCCUCUUCCGCUCGUCCGCCAAUACAACCGCCGCGGCGGCAUCAUCAACGACAUCAACACGAGUCUUUCCUUCAUUGUCAGUUUCCGCCUACCGAAGGAAUCCUCGUUUCCACCUCAUCUCCUUCUUCCGGGAAAUCGCGUCGAAGGCGCCGCUCUCUCACCAAAGGCAAAAGGGAGAGCAGCUUCUCAGGGAGCUAAGAGGAGUGGAAAAUCUGGCGCAGAAGAUCGGUAAAUCGAUAAGGCGCCCUGGCGCCCCCUCCAAAGCUAGGGUUUACGCCGAUGUCAACGUCAUCCGUCCCAAGGACUACUGGGAUUAUGAGAAUCUCACCGUUCAGUGGGGGGAGCAGGAUGAUUAUGAGGUGGUAAGGAAGGUAGGGAGGGGGAAAUACAGUGAGGUGUUUGAGGGAUUUCACUGCACCGAUAAUCAGAAAUGCAUUAUCAAAAUUCUCAAACCAGUGAAGAAGAAGAAGAUUAAGAGGGAGAUUAAAAUAUUGCAGAACCUUUGUGGUGGUCCUAAUAUUGUGAAGUUGCUUGAUAUCGUUAGAGAUCAGCAAUCGAAGACUCCAAGUCUUAUUUUUGAAUAUGUGAAUAAUACAGAUUUCAAAGUGCUUUAUCCAACACUGUCAGACUAUGACAUUAGAUAUUAUAUCUAUGAACUUCUGAAGGCACUGGAUUAUUGCCACUCACAGGGUAUCAUGCAUCGAGAUGUAAAGCCCCAUAAUGUGAUGAUUGAUCAUGAGCAGCGGAAACUUCGUCUUAUUGAUUGGGGCCUUGCAGAGUUCUAUCAUCCUGAGAAAGAAUACAAUGUCCGUGUUGCUUCAAGAUACUUUAAAGGUCCUGAGCUUCUUGUUGAUUUGCAAGACUAUGAUUACUCUUUAGAUUUGUGGAGCCUUGGUUGUAUGUUUGCUGGAAUGAUAUUUCGUAAGGAGCCAUUCUUCUAUGGGCAUGAUAAUUAUGAUCAACUGGUUAAAAUUGCAAAGGUAUGUAGCCAUUAGAUCAAUUUUUGAGUAACAAGGAAUCGCCUGAUAUUUUUAUUGAACAAGGGAAAUUACAACUUUACAAGGGGGAUGGAGGAUUGUCAAUGGCUGGGUUUGAACUUUGAACCCAGGACUUAGUGAAUGUGAACUGUUGGACCAACAAGGCUGGUUCGGAAUCUAUUUUAUCUCUUUACGUCAUGUAUAAGAGCUUGGCUUUCAACCAUACUAUUCUGGGUGAGAUGGAGUGUUUUCCAUUCCCUCAUCCACUCCUUCCCAACUUAAAGAGACAAAUAAAAUUGUAAUUGAAAUAACACCUAUGCUGAGAGUCCUAGUAUUGAAUGUAUAAAUUGGUUUUUGUACUUAUUUUCUUCCUUUUCUCUUUUUUCUGCAACAGGUACUUGGGACAGAUGAAUUAUAUGCAUAUUUGAAUAAGUAUCGAAUAGAAUUGGACCCACAUCUGGCAACACUUGUUGGGAGGCAUAGCCGGAAACCUUGGUCUAAGUUCAUCAAUGCUGAGAAUCAACAUUUAGCAGUACCUGAGGCUGUUGAUUUCAUUGAUAAGUUGCUGCGAUAUGAUCACCAGGAGAGGCCAACUGCAAAAGAAGCAAUGGCCCAUUCUUAUUUCUACCCAGUUAGAAAUGCAGAAAGCAGCAGAACUCGUACCCUAGCAAACUAACUCCAUGAUGCUGUUCAGUAACAAAAAGUAUCUUCUGUUUGAUCUGGGGCUGCUUAUAUGAUCUCGACAGAAGAUUUUAUUUCUGGUGAUCAAGUUUCUUGCUAGGGGCCUUCAAUUUUUUUUCUUUCAUUGAACAGUCAAUUUUUGUGCUUCCUCUUGGGCAAGUAAAGGUCUUUCUUUUAUUUUCUUCUUCUUCUUUCUUUCUUUUUUUUUUUUUAUUUGACUUUAUGUUGAUUGUAUUGCAUCCUUUUUAUUUUAUGAAUGAAUUCUUGAUGUGAUU